UCGCUCCUGCGAAGAGAGACUCGCUCGGCCUCGCCCUUUCUAAAGUUUAUUUGAUAAACCACCAUUUCUAGCCGCCAGAGGGGGCUUAACUGGAACUCAAAGGCAAAAUAGACACUUAAUGGAUUAACAUUAACAGUCUAGCAAGUGAUAUAAAGACCAGAGUCUUAAAACUGUGAUUAGAAUCUAUGUUGAACAUCUGCAUAUUCUACAUUAUUCAUUGGUCCGAUGUCAUAUCUGCAUCAUUUAUAGACUUCAAUGUUUACAGCGCAACAUCCGUCUACUUGUGGAGAGCAACCUUGUAUUCAAGAUCGACAUGUGUUUAAAGAAGAUUUAAACUUCAUUCAAGGCCGAUUUUAUCGAUGGAUCUUCGUCAACGGAGAGGUGGGCCCAGGUCAUCACCCGGGAUUGAUACGCAGAGCCCGGACAGGCCUGCUCCGCCCUCUGGUGCCCGUUCUCGAAAAACCACCAAUCCCGAUUUUGAUCCGUCCCAAUUUGAGUCCAACAUCCCUGUUGAAAUCCCUUGGAAGGCGGUGGCAUUGGGGGCUUUUCUAUUGCUCUGUGGUUUAGUGGCCUUUAUCAUCUUAACUUUGGAUUUGUGUCAUAGUUUAAGCGGCCAUGCCAUCGAAUUUAUCAUGAGAAAAAACGACCAAGGCGUCGAGGAGGAAGUGGACUUUCGCUCCGAGAGGUUCUGGCCUUUGGCCAUUCUGGGAUUUUUAGCUUUUACCCCGGGAAGUUAUGUGACUUUCCUCUUCGUCAUGGCUGCCCUUCAAAUCCCAGGUUACUCCUUCGACGACAUUCCCAAUUAGUAGACCAUAAACAUCUCCGCUAAGUCACCAAAGAACUUAAACGCACAUCCAGUAUUGUAUUCUGCUAAGGGCUGAACCGCAAACAUAUAUUGAUACAGACUGUAUGUGUAUUUUCACCA